UCCGGCGGAAGUGACGCAGGGAGUUAGUCUGACGUGUGGCGAGGUGGUCGGGCCGGUUACCCGGCGCUUCGGACCCUCCUGCCCCCGUUCCCCCGGGCACGGCCCGGAGCCCGCCCCGCCAUGCUCGACUUCUUCACCAUCUUCAGCAAGGGCGGCCUCGUGCUGUGGUGCUUCCAGGGCGUGCGCGGCCCCGUGGCAGCCUGCACCGCGCCCGUCAACGCGCUCAUCCGCUCCGUGCUGCUCCAGGAGCGAGGUGGAAACAAUUCUUUUAACCAUGAAGCUCUUACACUUAAAUACAAACUGGACAAUCAGUUUGAGCUUGUGUUUGUGGUUGGGUUUCAGAAGAUCCUGACUCUAACCUAUGUGGAUAAGUUGAUAGAUGAUGUCCAUAAGGAGUUCCGGGAUAAAUACCGCAAUGAAUUCCAGCAGAAAGGCACUCUGGGGCUCCUCAAUGGCACCUUUGAUUUUAAAGAGGAUUUUUUACACCUCCUCCGGGAAGCAGAGGAGAGCAGUAAAAUCCGAGCUCCAACUGCCAUGAAGACGUUUGAACAGUCUGUGAAGUCUCAGAAGACUGUCAAGUCUAUGAUAGAAACUCGAGGGGAGAAACCAAAGGAGAAAGCCAAGAACAAGAAAAACAAAGGUUCCAAAAAGGAGGCUUCAGGAACCGAAGCUGCUACUGUCCCCAGUAAAGCAGCCCCAGAUGCAAAGCAGAACCCUCCUGCAGCAACUGGGGACAGGGAGGAACUGACCAAGGAUGAGAUCCUGCAAAAGAACCGUGAGGAAUUCUUCAAGAAGCGCCUGAAAGGAGGAGAGAAGUCCAACAAGUCCCCAAAGCCUGAGACUCAGAAGGAGAAGGGGAAGAAGCCCCGCGUGUGGGAGCUGGGGAACUCUAAUGCCAAAGUACUCGAUUAUAGUAACUCCACUACCAAUGGAAACACAGACACUUGUCCCACAGAGGAGUAUGACCCUGACAUGGCCCUAGGAGAUCGCGAUCGGGAGCCUGGCCGCCUUUAUGAUCUUGAAUAUGAGAGUGAUGAAGAGGAACCUGAAGAGGAGAAGGUUAUUCAGAACCCUUCACAGCCCAGGGCUAAGAAGGGUGGUUUGGGAGGCAUGUUUGGGAUGCUGAAAGGCCUGGUGGGUUCCAAAAGCUUAACAAGAGAGGACAUGGACUCUGUGCUGGAGAAGAUGAAGGAUCAUCUGAUCGCGAAGAACGUUGCGGCUGAAAUAGCUGUCCAGCUCUGUGAAUCGGUGGCUAAGAAACUGGAAGGGAAAGUGAUGGGCACCUUCACCACGGUGACCUCAACAGUGAAGCAGGCCCUGCAGGAGUCCUUGGUGCAGAUCCUGCAGCCCCAGCGCCGUGUGGACAUGCUGCGUGAUGUCAUGGACGCUCAGCGCCACCGCCGGCCAUAUGUCGUCACUUUCUGUGGUGUCAAUGGGGUUGGAAAGUCGACCAACCUAGCCAAGAUCUCUUUCUGGCUGAUUGAAAACGGGUACAGCGUCCUCAUUGCCGCCUGCGAUACGUUCCGAGCGGGAGCCGUGGAGCAGCUGCGCACGCACACCCGCCGCCUGAACGCUCUGCACCCCCCAGAGAGUCACGGCGGCCGCACCAUGGUGCAGCUCUACGAGAAGGGGUAUGGGAAGGAUGCUGCUGGCAUUGCCAUGGAGGCCAUUUCGUAUGCACGUAACCAGGGGUUUGACGUGGUGUUGGUGGACACUGCUGGCCGCAUGCAAGACAACGCCCCCUUGAUGACAGCUCUGGCUAAACUCAUUGCAGUCAACACCCCUGACCUGGUCCUGUUUGUCGGGGAAGCCCUGGUGGGAAAUGAAGCAGUGGAUCAGCUGGUCAAGUUUAACAAAGCCCUUGCUGAUCACUCCAUGGCCCAGACACCACGUCUCAUUGAUGGAAUUGUGCUCACCAAAUUUGAUACCAUCGAUGACAAGGUUGGUGCUGCAAUCUCCAUGACUUACAUCACUAGCAAGCCAAUCGUGUUUGUUGGUACUGGACAAACCUACUGUGACCUGCGUAGCCUUAAUGCCAAGGCUGUGGUCACCGCUCUCAUGAAGGCCUAAAAUCCAAUUAUUGCACCAAAUUGCUGUUUGCAGAUGUCUCAGAAGAACGUGCUUUACAAUGUGACUGACUUGUCUUUUCAGUGUAGUGCGAAACAGAAUGAAGGGAUAACAGAGCAAGGGGCUGCUGCAUCCACUACUUGCUUGAAUACUUCCUCAUGGUUUUCACCAGUGCACACCCCUCCCUUCACCUGAUGCAUGACUUUAACCUUGGAAGGAGGUUGCUGUCUUCAAUCAUGUUGCUUACUCUGUUUAGCUACACUUCUUCCAUAUUUAUUGGCUGUAAAGCUUAUUUUUGGGAA